AUGGCAGGCGCAGACCAGAAAAUGAUUAGACUAACCUCCUCGGAAGGGACGGAAUUCUUAGUAGAAAGAGCAGUUGUCGAGAAAUCUGUAUUGUUGAAGAACAUGUUAGAGGAUGUUGGUGAGAGCGACUUGGGUACGAUUGCAAAUCUCACUCUUCUAUUCUUCUUUAUCCCAGCUAUUCCUCUCGCGAAUGUCACCGGCCCAAUUCUAACCAAGGUCAUUGAGUAUUGCACACAUCAUCGAGAUGAUCCGGUAGUAACUCAGGAGGAUGAUGGCAGGAAAUCUUCAGCUGAUAUUGAUGACUGGGAUAAAGAAUUUUGUAAAGUUGAUCAGGGAACAUUAUUUGAAUUGAUUUUGGCUGCAAACUAUCUCGAUAUCAAGCCGCUACUCGAUUUAACAUGUAAAACGGUUGCAAACAUGAUUAGAGGCAAAACACCUGAGGAAAUUCGUAAAACAUUCAACAUUGAAAAUGAUUUUACACCGGAAGAGGAAGCACAAGUGAAAAAAGAAAACGAGUGGUGUGAGGAACGGUAG